AUGUGGGACCAGAGUGCCUCCGACGUGGGCCCAAAAGCCGACCUUAUGUGAGCCCAGAGUGACGAGCUAUUAGCGCGGUUAUGUCCGGGUGCCUUGCUUUUGAUGGCUCAGGGGCUUACCACCGAACGCGCCCUUCCAGUGCUUGUCGUGCCGUCGCGGUGACUUUGUGACGUGCGCGAACCAGGUUAUCAACGGCAUCUCGGUCGAUGGCGGAUACGCCGAGUACGCGACUUUGAGGACCGAAGCACUCUCUCGCAUCCCAGACAAUAGCGACGCAGCUGAGUCCGCGGCGCUGCUCUGUGCCGGUGGUGAGUCUGCUCCCGAGCUGGAUAAACCUUGCUAGUAAGCAUACCAAGCACUCACUCUGUGCCUUAGUCACGGUCUACAACUCGCUUCGCCACAUGAAGAUUCUUCCUGGCGAGAUUUGCGCAGUUCAGGGCGUCGGGUGAGUCCUGCUUCGGGGCCAAACCGAUGUAUGCAGCGGCAUGAGGUUUCGAUAGACAACAACACUGACCAGAAUUCGUCCAUUUGUUUCUUCGACGGGCUCAGCGGUCUCGGUCAUCUUGCCCUGCAGUUCUCCAAGAAAAUGGGUACGUUCAACGAUCGUAAAAGGACCGUGCCGAUUACUAGCCAAGCUCGUCACCUGCCGUCAGCCCGGCUGAUGCUGCCGGUCUUUUCCCACGGGCUACAAGACGGUCGCCUUAUCGCAGAAUGACAGCAAGGCCCAGCUUGCGAAAGAGCUUGGAGCCGACAUCUACCUCGACGCGUCUAAGGUCGACCAAGUCGAAGAGCUCAACAAGCUUGGUGGCGACAAGGUCAUCAUCGCCGUCGCCCCUUCCGGCAAGGCCAUGGCCGAGUUGAUCCCCGCCUUGUCUGUCGGUGGCCAGCUCGUCGUGUUGGCGGUGCCUCACGAUGGUUUGGCGGUGAACGCGAUGCAUCUGAUUCAGAAGAGGAGGAGCAUUGUCGGCUGGCCUUCGGGUACGGCCCAAGACUCGGAGGAGACGAUCGCGUUCGCUGAACACGCCGGCGUCAAAACCUCGAUCGAAAAGUUCCCGCUCGACCAAGUCCAGGAGGGUUUCGACCGCAUGUCAGAGAACAAGGUCCGCUUCCGUGCCGUUCUCACUUUUGAUUAG